AUGUGCACAGCCUAUUCCGAAAACACUGCUUUGGCCUAUGUUCCUCCUGAUAACGUUACUAACACUUAUGAAGACAUUUUAGAAACACAAUUUUAUGUUGAAAAUGAAGACCUGUUAAUUCCAUUCUUGGAUUAUUUUGAGGAAAACUGGGUAGGAAAAAUAAUAGGAAGACGAAAAAUUCGACGCCAACCAAGACAUCAAAUUGAUAUUUGGAAUUGUCACUAUUCUGUCAAAAAUGGUCUUCCAACAAUAAACAAUGCUGUAGAAGAAUGGCACAGGGGAUUUGCAUCUAUUAUUGGAGGAAGCCAUCCUACUAUUUGGAAAUUUAUUGAUGGAAUAAAGAAAGUUCAAAAUUUAGAAGAAUUGAAACGAGAGCAGUAA